ACAUCCGAGUUUUUCCUCUCACCUUUCACUGCUCUCCAUACAGAAUUACUCCCAGCCAGUGCGCACAAUUGGUUUGUCAUAGUCGCAGAAAAGAGCUCAGGUUUUUGGGAACCAAACAACUUCGACUCUUUACCCCUCUGUGGAGCUUUUUUCCUCACAAUAUUUCCACUUGUGCGGUGUGUCAAAUUCUUCUGGAUAUUUUUUUUUGUGCGUGUGUGCGCGUUGAGUGGCGAGGUCGUUUUUAGCUCCGGGACGUGAUGUAGCCCCCGCACAGAAGGACGCCUCGUGCCAUAAAGGGAUGUAAAAAAAAGAGUGGGGACAACAGUAUACCCGUGGAUACACCGCGAGGAAGCUGCUGGCUUCAUCAGGGGGGGGACUCGGGAUUGUGGACGCACAUCAGAUCAGAACAGAGCCGAUUUUAAACGAGGAUAUUGAACUAUUUGGAUUCUCUCUCCUCCACGCAUAGUGCGUAAGGACGGUACCCAAACGCCUGCAAGACACUUUACAUUGAAUUUAUCGCUUUUACUUUGCAUGGAAGGACGAGAGCGAUAUCUCCUUUGCAGCAGUGCUUUCUAAAUCCGCGGACACAAAAUGGUUUUUAUAUCUGGGAUGUGAUAUGCAGGACGCGUAAGGACAACACAAGAAUCGAACUCCCUCUCUUAUCAAAGAUUUCAGACCGCAUCUGGCAUCGAAGCUACAGGACUUUGGGUCUUUAGGAAGAGCGACAAAGUGGAGGGAGCCGUGCCAUAAAGGUGGAACCCAAAUCUGGGCAUUUGCCUACAAAAGACUGACCUCAACUGGGACUUUUAGCAGCAGGCGGUAAGAGGAGGUGGAGGCCAUGUGGACCGCACGGCUGCUUGUCCUCGCUAGCCUCUUUGCACCAGCCGCUCUGGCCUUCAGUCGAGCACCCAUCCCAAUGGCGGUGGUGAGGAGGGAGCUGUCGUGCGAGAGCUACCCCAUCGAGCUGCGCUGCCCGGGCACUGAUGUCAUCAUGAUCGAGAGCGCAAACUAUGGCCGCACCGACGACAAGAUCUGCGACGCAGACCCAGCGCAGAUGGAGAACACCCGGUGUUACCUACCAGACGCGUACAAGAUCAUGUCUCAAAGAUGUAAUAACCGGACCCAGUGUGCUGUUGUGGCCGGACCUGAUGUAUUUCCUGACCCCUGCCCAGGAACCUACAAAUACCUUGAAGUCCAGUAUGAAUGUGUGCCCUACAAAGUGGAGCAAAAAGUAUUCCUGUGCCCAGGGCUUCUGCGCAGGGUGUACCAGAGCGAGCACCUCUUCGAAUCGGACCACCAGUCAGGAGCUUGGUGCAAAGACCCUCUGCAAGCCUCGGAUAAGAUCUACUACAUGCCUUGGACACCCUAUCGCACUGACACGUUGACCGAGUAUUCCUCCAAAGAAGACUUCAUAGCUGGCCGGCCGACGACAACCUACAAACUUCCACAUCGUGUUGAUGGAACUGGCUUUGUUGUCUACGAUGGCGCGCUCUUCUUCAACAAAGAGCGCACACGCAAUAUUGUAAAGUUUGACCUGCGGACUCGUAUCAAAAGUGGCGAGGCGAUCAUUGCCAACGCCAACUACCAUGACACAUCUCCGUACCGCUGGGGAGGGAAAUCAGACAUUGACUUGGCCGUUGAUGAGAAUGGCCUCUGGGUGAUUUACGCCACUGAACAAAACAACGGGCGAAUCGUCAUCAGCCAGCUCAAUCCCUACACUCUCCGAGUCGAAGGAACAUGGGACACGGCUUAUGACAAACGCUCGGCAUCCAACGCUUUUAUGAUCUGUGGAAUCCUCUAUGUGGUAAAGUCGGUGUACGAGGACGAUGAUAACGAAGCAACAGGGAACAAGAUUGACUACAUCUACAACACAGAGCUUAGUAAAGACGGGUUUCUGGACAUCCCUUUCCCCAACUCGUAUCAAUACAUCGCUGCAGUGGAUUAUAAUCCUAGGGACAAUUUGCUGUACGUUUGGAACAAUUACCAUGUGGUAAAAUACUCUCUGGACUUUGGAGCGUUGGACAACAGACUUGAAACGUCCUCUUCUGUGAUGGUCUACAUGGAUACAACAACCAUGACAACUAGGACAACUACCCGACCCACCACUGUCACCCUAUCAACCACAACAGGCAGGACCACCACCACCAGGAUUCCAGCUACAACAACUGCAAUGGCCCCAUGGCCGCGGACGACCACAACAGUGGCGACCCCAGUCCAUACGGUGGUUGAGGGUUUGGUCCCAGAAGAAGAUGACGAUGGGGCACCACCUUCCUCCAGGCUACCAAACAUCAGGGUGGAGUACUGCAACCCGCUGGUGAUGAUGGAUAUCCCUUGGCCCAAGACCAAGCAGGGGAUGGUGACCAAGAUGCCAUGUCCACCUGGAACCAUAGGCAUUGCUUCAUACAUGUGCGUGGGUCCAGAGGGAUACUGGGACCCACAGGGCCCUGACUUCAGCAAUUGUACCUCCCCCUGGGUCAACCUCAUCAGCCAGAAGAUAAAAGCUGGAGAGACAGCAGCGGUCAUUGCCAGAGAGUUGGCGGAGCAAACUAAGCGUAAUCUUCAGGCAGGGGACAUCACAUACACGGUGAAAGCCAUGGUCCAGUUGGUGGAUCUCCUCGACGUGCAGCUGAGGAACCUCACACCAGGUGGCAAAGACAGCGCAGCACGCAGCCUCAACAAGCUACAGAAAAGAGAGCGCUCUUGCCGGUUUUAUGUGCAGGCCAUGGUCGAGACAGUCAACAAUCUGCUGCAGCCGCAGGCCCAGUCGGCGUGGAGGGAGCUGAGCACCGGCGAGCAACUGAGGGCAGCCACGAUGCUGCUGGACACGGUGGAGCAGGGGGCCUUCGUGCUGGCUGAUAACCUGCUGAAGACGGACAUAGUGCAAGAAAACACUGAUAACAUCCAGUUGGAGGUGGCACGGAUGAGCACGGAUGGGAAUUUGCCGGAUCUGAAGUUCCCACAAACUGGAGGACAGGGCAACUCCAUCCACCUGUCAGCGAACACGCUAAAGCAGCAUGGAAGGAACGGUGAGAUCAGGAUAGCCUUCGUCCUGUACAAACACAUCGGGGUCUACCUUUCCACGGAGAACGCCAGCAUGAAGCUGGGUAGUGAAGCCAUGGCGACCAAUUACUCCGUCAUCGUCAACUCCCCGGUGAUCACAGCUGCCAUCAACAAGGACUCCAACAAAGUCUACCUCUCUGACCCCGUCAUCUUCACCAUCAGACAUCUCCAGCAAUCUGAGGAAAACUUCAACCCCAACUGCUCAUUCUGGAGUUACUCCAAGAGAACCAUGACUGGUUUCUGGUCAACGCAGGACUGCCGCUUACUGGGCACCAACAGGACUCACACUACUUGCUCCUGCACCCAUUUGACCAAUUUUGCUGUCCUUAUGGCCCAUGUGGAUGUCAAGAACACAGACCCUGUUCACGACAUGCUUCUCGAUGUCAUUACCUGGGUUGGAAUCCUCCUGUCGCUGGUCUGCCUCCUCAUCAGCCUCUUCACCUUCUGCUUCUUCCGAGGCCUCCAGAGCGACCGCAACACCAUCCACAAGAACCUCUGCAUCAGCCUGUUCAUCGCUGAGUCCCUCUUCCUGGUGGGGAUCAAUCGAGGCGACCAACCGAUUGCCUGUGCCGUCUUUGCUGCCCUGCUCCACUUCUUCUUCCUGGCAGCGUUCACGUGGAUGUUCCUGGAGGGCGUUCAGCUCUACAUAAUGCUGGUGGAGGUGUUCGAGAGCGAGCACUCACGCCGACGCUACUUCUACAUGGUGGGCUACGGAGUUCCAGCGCUAAUUGUGGCUGUUUCUGCUGCAGUGGACUACAGGAGCUACGGCACAGACCGAGUUUGCUGGCUUCGGCUGGACACCUACUUCAUUUGGAGUUUCAUAGGACCAGCAACCUUGAUAAUUAUGCUCAAUGUGAUCUUCCUGGGCAUCGCUCUCUACAAGAUGUUCCAUCACACAGCCAUCUUGAAACCAGACUCCGGUUGCCUGGACAACAUCAAAUCAUGGGUGAUUGGGGCCAUAGCGCUACUAUGCCUGCUGGGCCUGACUUGGGCCUUUGGCCUGAUGUAUGUCAACGAGAGCACGGUGGUCAUGGCCUACCUGUUCACCAUCUUCAACUCCCUGCAGGGAAUGUUCAUCUUCAUCUUCCACUGUGUGCUGCAAAAGAAGGUGCGUAAAGAGUAUGGAAAAUGUCUGCGUACUCACUGCUGCAGCGGCAAAAGCGUGGACAGCUCCAUCGGCUCUGGAAAAGGCACCGCCUCCCGUGCACCAGGACGUUACUCUACCGCAUCACAGAGCCGCAUCCGCCGAAUGUGGAAUGACACGGUCAGAAAACAGUCAGAGUCUUCUUUCAUGACCGGUGACAUCAACAGCUCCGCAUCACUCAACAGAGGGGCUAUGGCUAACCAUCUUAUUCCUAAUGCACUCCUACGUCCUCAUGGCACUAACAAUCCCUAUAAUACAUUGCUUGGGGAAUCGGCAGUCUAUAACAACCCUCUGGGCAUGUACAACACACAAGAGGGAAUCCUGAACAAUGCCCGGGAUACAAGUGUCAUGGAUACUCUACCACUGAAUGGUAACCAUGGCAACAGCUACAGCAUCGCCAGCGCCGAGUACAUGAGUGACUGCGUCCAGAUUAUCGACCGGGGCUACAACCACAAAGAGACCACCCUGGAGAAGAAGAUCCUGAAAGAGCUCACCUCCAACUACAUCCCCUCCUACCUUAACAACUCCCACGAGCGCUCGGCCGAGCAGAACCGGAACCUGAUGAACAAGCUGGUCAACAACGUCAGCAACGGCGGCAAGGACAGUGGCUACGGGAUGGGCUUGGGGAUGGGGUUGGGUAUGAAUGUGGCGCUGAGCCUGGAUGAGCACUCUGCCUUUGGGCCACACCACGAUGAAGGGCUUGGCCUGGAGUUAAUCCGCGAGGAGUCCAAUGCCCCACUGUUGCCUCAAAGACCGCCUCCGUCUCUGCCGGCGGUGGACAACCUUCACAAUCACCUCCACCAGUCAGUGCCACCACCUCUACCACUGCCCCACCACCCCUUCACGUCCGCGACCACCUCCUCUUCCUCUAGACGGAGGAUCCCCCAGGAGAACAGUGAGAGCUUCUUCCCCUUACUCACCAACGAGCACACUGAGGACGAACACUCGUCGCCCGUCCACAACCACCAGAGAGACUCGCUCUACACCAGCAUGCCCAUGCUAUCCGGCCUUCCUGAUGUGUCCGCGGAAGCCGCCGACAGUUCCAAAGACGGGGGCGACACAAAGAGCCCAGAGGCCAGCUCGGACGACGUUUACUACAAGAGCAUGCCCAAUUUAGGAUCGGGCAACCACCUCCAUCAGCUGCACUCCUACUACCAUCUAGGUCGGGGCAGCAGUGAUGGCUUCAUCGUUCCACCAAACAAAGAGGAUCUAUCUCCGGAAGAGGCUCACCCAGAGCCGUCACACCUGGUCACCAGCCUAUAGGCCCAACACCCACACACUCCUCCAGUGUCCCUCUUAUUACUGUAUUCCUCUUUCUCCUUCGUGUCCCCCUUUUUCCAUCAGUCGUUGGCAGUGAUAGCCUUUCUUUUUACUCUGUGUCCCGAAAAACUACGGCGAAGACGCAAAUAACUGUACUCUUGCAAACAGGAUAUUGAUUGCAACAUACAGGGGGCUAAAAUGUGACUAUAUUUGGUUAGACAUUAUGGGAAUCUGUUGAUGUUGUGUUCCCCCCCCCUUCCUCACAAACCCCGUGUGGUUUGGCGUGUUUUGUCUCCGUGUGAAAAGAGACAAUUACCCACACAGGAUUUCUAGGUCACAGAGAUAUAGCCUGACAGUCGAAAAGGAACUGCGUAGCCCCAAAAUUAUACAAGUCUAAACUGUAGACUGCACCAGAGUGAAUGGGAGAUUUAAAAAAGGACUAUUUUAUUAUACUUCUGUAUCUAUAUUGACUUUUUGAAAGAUUUUCUUCCUCUUUGGUGAGUUGCAGCACAUUUUGUUUGCUGAAGUGUCCCUUCAAUGAAAAAAGACAAAAAAAAAAAACACAUUUUGAACAAUUACCAUGAAGGAAUUAUUGAUCGUAUGCUUUCAAGCAUAGCUGUUCUUUAUUUUCUUUCAUUUUGCUGUAAUAACAGUUGUCAAAAGAGGGAGAAAAAAAACUAAUAAGAGAACUAUGAGAUAUUUCUAUGUAAUUGUACAGAUAACUAGCAUUGCACAUUAUAGUAUGCUUUUUUUGUUCCGAGCAAACCCUUUGUCUCUGUAAAUGUAGUGGUUAGGAGAAAUUUUGUUCUGUUGUGCUGGCCUUUCUGGGUUUCUGGUACCAGUCUGUUAUUAUUUUCUGAUUUCCUCUUUUAUCACUUUUCAAGAACCACCUGAAUAGAAACAAAAUAACACAAAAAAUAUCACAACAAAACACAUAAUGUGCAGACAUUUUUGUGCAUCAUACUCAGCUUUGUUUUUAAGUGUUUUUCUGUUUCAGGUUGAUUUGUUUUUCCCUUUUUUUUACAGUGUAGAUGGCAGACCACAGAUUUGCAGAUCACAGUGGAGACAGAAUAACUGGAAGUAUCCCUUAGACAGGUUCAAAAGUAUUCUGCAUUUCUCUUGGCUUGUGCUUCACAGACAGAGAACAAAUUGAACAUUGAUGAGCACUCGGCGCUUGUACAAAAAAGAAAGAUGUUUUACUUAUUAAAGAGAAAGCUUUUGGAGUGAGAAAAACUCGAAGUGGUUUUCUUUUCGUCCUCUGGGAGAAAAAAUAUUUAUUUAUUUGUUUUAUUAAACCGAAAUAAAACAGGAUGGGCGUAAGUUUAGUUGCACCAAUACGUUUUUAUUAUGGCUUCUUAUUUAUUCAUUUUUUUGUAAUGAUUCCCGAGUUGAAUGACCUCAUGAUAACGAUUAUUUGUUGUAACAGUGAAACUUGUUUGCCAACAAAUAAAUUCCUGAUUAAGAUUAUCACUUAGAUACAAAUACAGUUCUGGUGUUUUGUCUGGGUUUUGGAACACUUUUAUAUGGAUUACAGCGAAGGACCUUCAAAUGAUAAAAUGUUCUUUUUUUUUUUGGUUAAUUAUAAGUUAAUAUCCCUCAUUAGCCCUCUGUCCGUCUUAGUGCCAAAUAAAUUUUGGCCCAGCAACAGUGGAUGUGCUCUGUAUGCUCUGGUCUGCUUUACAAUAGAAGCAGUGAUUUCAUAAGCUGUAAUAAAUAUUUCAAUAUCA